CUCAUGGCAGUUAGAUAGAUUUUGUCGAUGAUCCACACACCACUCUUUUGCAUCUAGAAUUGCGUCCAACGGAAUCCACGCUUUGGAGUGUAAAAUACUGGAUGAUGUUUGAUUGAGUAGAACAAAGGAAUAAGUGAAAGAAAUGCACAGAGUGAUUGUCUACCUGUUGAUUACAAUUUUCUGCACGUUUCCUUGCAAAUGCGGAAAGAAUGACACCUGUAGAAAUUUCCGGCGUAGACACAUUCUGAAGAUGACCUGUAACAAUGGCGGGAAACUUUUCUUACCGGAAGUGGUGGGAUUCUAUGGUAAAGAUUGUAGUCUUUGUCAGGGACAGUCAGCACAACUCCUCACACAUAAAUACAACUGUUCCUGGAGAAAACGCUGCAAAAUCAAACUCAACAAAAGGCGCAUGGUAACAGGCUGUUACAGAAACAUGAAUUCUAUGAAAGUUUUGAGGGGUCCAUGCAUCCAAAAUGGAACCAAAAUCUAUGAUUUAAUCACCACAAAAACACUUAAUGGAAAAAAUCCCGUAUACUAUCUUCCUGAAACAACAAUCAUUGUAAGAAGUCAUCAAAAUUUUCCUUGGAAUUACAGAUAUCUAACAAAUCGUCCUCUACAUCGCCUCAGAUUCAACAUUCGGAUGGAAAAUAUUGGUCGAAAAAUUGUCCUUUCUGUUGUUCAUAUGGACAUACACUCAGCUACAGACAAAAUAUAUAUCAUUUACAACAAGCUUAUAAACAUUCCAAAUGAAAAGGAUCUUGAAAUAGACAUUGAAAAUAUCUCAUACUUUGAUAUUGAGUUGAACUCUACCUCUUUUAUUUCGAACACAGCCAGGGCCGACGGAUUUGUGCUGUGCUUGAAAUUGAUGGAUAAAACUUCCCAGAAUUUUAAUUCAGCAUGUGAAGACGUCAUCAGAAAUGAUCAACUACAAAUUUCAAUGCUCAAAUCAUCUUUAAAGAAAUGUAUGAAAGGCAAGAAGAGACGCAGGCAUUGCCGCAGAAGAAACAGGACAAAGAGAUUUACAGACUAACUUAUUUCUUGC